AAAUUCAAAAUAGUUCCUCUAGGGUUUUAGGAGGAGCUGAGCUUUUGGUUUUCUUGCAGCAACGAGAAAAGAAGAGAGGAAGAGACCGGUGAAGAUGAAUACUUCAAAACUGUUUCGAAGGUCCAUUGGAUUGCUAGAAGCGGCGAAGGUUUCCUCUGCUUCAUUCGCUUCAUCUUCCGGUGGAAAUGGGAAGGGGCUUAUGCGGUCACAACCCGUGUCUCCACAGCUGGGCAAGUUCCUUGGAUCCUCCGAAGCUUCUCGCGCAGAAGCCACUAAAAAGAUCUGGGAUUACAUAAAGCUCCACAAUCUCCAGAAUCCUACAAACAAGAAGGAGAUUAUUUGUGAUGACAAGUUGAAGACGAUAUUCGAGGGCAAGGACAAAGUUGGAAUGUUAGAGGUGGCCAAAUUUCUGUCCCCACAUUUUGUGAAAUCUAAAUAAUGUUCUGGCUUAGCCUUGUAGGAACUUUAUGACCCAAAUUGCAAUCUGAUGAACAUGAAAAAUGCUUUUGCCUUUGAUCUUUUCGGUUAAAUGUGAUUCAUGAUGAUUGGUUUUUGUUAGA